CUCUCCCGUCCAAUCAGGUUCCCUUGUUUUGCUGGAUGAAGAUGGCGGCGUUGGGGACAGUGUUACUGGAAUGCCUUGUUUUUGGUGUUGUGAAUGUGUCUCUUAUUUUUUGUUUCUGGAAUGCGGAAUAAAGUGGAUGGUAUUACAAUCGGUAACUUUGGAUUUAAUUGUAUUGAAUUUUGUGAGAAGAAGGCGAGAGACGGAGGGAGUGAGGAAAAGGAGUCCCGCAGGGGCUCCUAUUAGGUUGAGUGUCUCUCGUAGCCUUUAACUGGAGAUAUGUAUUUUCUUACUGGUUGGCCCAGGAGGCUGGUGUCCCCCCUGAAAACUGCAGAGACACCUUUUCAUAUCCAGCCGGACCCCCAGCGGGAAUUCUUUUCUGUCUUGUCCCAGACGCAACUCAGUAUUUGGUAUAGCAGGCCAAGUAUUUUAAUUGUGAGUUAUAAAGAAUCUGCCAAAGCGUCAUCCCAGUUUGGGCUCUACAGGCAAGCUGAAUGGAGGCCGGACAGCACCAUGAUAGCUGUUGGAACUGGCAAAGGAUACAUCUUAUUCUUCCAUGUGCUGCUAUCAGAAGAGGGAAAAUAUAUUUAUGAACCAAGAUAUCCCAAAGGAGGUCCUCGUAUGAAGAUGACACCUCAUUAUAAGGAGGAAUGUUGUGCCCCUGCACUGAGCCUUGAAAUGCGAAAAGUUCUAGACUGUCAGGCCCCUAUCACAAGUUUGCAUUCAGUGCAUGAAAACUUGGUGGCUACCACUGACGAUGGACUAAUCCACCUUAUUCAUUGGGAUGGACUAACCAAUGGGAGAAAAGCAAUCAAUCUUUCAACGGUUCCAUUUUCUGUUGACCUUCAGUCUCGAGCUGGCCCUUUCUUAGAUUUUGAAGGAGUAUACAUCCAGGAUAUGGAUUUUUGUGCAACUCUUGAUGGCUUUGCUGUUGUCUUCAGUGAUGGUCGUGUUGGCUUUAUUACAACUGUAUCAGAUCAAUUCACUUUUGAGCAGCUCCAUGGAGUCUGGGCGCAAGAUGUUUCAGAUGGUACAUGUGUAGCAGUUAACAACAAGUACCGCUUGAUGGCAUUUGGAUGUGCAAAUGGCUGUGUUCAUGUUUACACAAUUGACAGUACCACAGGAGUAAUGCAGCCAUCUCAUAAGUUGGAGUUAACAGCCAAACAUUAUCCAGAUGUUUGGAACAAAACGGGCGCAGUUAAGAUCAUCAGGUGGUCACCAGACUGCAGUGUUGCUAUGGUUACAUGGGAGUGUGGAGGUCUUUCUUUGUGGAGUGUUUUCGGAGCUCAUCUCAUUUGCACUCUGGGCGAAGAUUUUGCGUAUUACUCAAGUGGCUCCAAGAAGGACCCUAUUAAGGUUAACUCUAUGAGCUGGGGUGCAGAAGGUUAUCACCUGUGGGUUAUUGCUGACCGUGGCUUAAUGACGAAUGAUAUUGAACAAGAAAUGGACGAGAUGAUGCAGCAGCAUGACAUCCUUCAGUUUCAGUUUAUCAAGAGUGCACUCACAGUUAAUCCUUGCAUGAGCAAUCAAGAACAAGUAUUGCUACAAGGUGAGGAUCGCUUGUAUUUGAAUUGUGGAGAUACUUUGCAGACAGCCACCAGCUCCAGCAGUGCUGCAACCAACUCAGGCCACAAGUCAGUAAGGGAAGGGAGCUUGUUGUCCAACAGCACUUUAGAUUCUCAGGGUUUAAGCACUUUAUUAGGACACAAGCACUGGCACAUUGUACAGGUUCAUAGCACAUAUCUUGAGAGCAACUGGCCUAUAAGAUUUGCCGCCAUGGACAGUUUAGGACAGUGUGUUGCUGUAGCUGGCCAGUUUGGUUUUGCACAUUAUUCCUUGAUUAGCAGGAGAUGGAAACUGUUUGGGAAUAUUACACAGGAGCAGAACAUGAAAGUGACUGGGGGCUUGUCCUGGUGGAAAGAUUGCAUUAUACUAGCAUGCUUUAAUUUAACUGAGCAGCAAGAAGAGCUGCGGUUAUAUGUACGAACAUCAAACCUAGACAAUGCUUUUGCUCAAGUCACCAAAGUACAGUCAGAGACCUUGUUACUGAACAUCUUUCAAGACAUUUUAAUAUUGUUCAGAGCUGACUGCUCCAUCUGCCUUUAUAGUAUUGAAAGAAAAGAUGAUAGUACCAGCCCUGUCGCCAAUAUCCAGCUUCUUCAGGAAGUAUCUAUGUCUCGGUAUAUCCCACACUCUAGUCUUGUAGUAUCUGUUACAUUAACCUCGGUGAGAACAGAGACUGGCAUCUCUCUUAAAAUGCCACAGCAGGCCUGUGAUGCUGCAGAGAGUAUUAUGCUUAACCUUGCAGGGCAGCUUAUCAUGCUACAAAGGGACCGUUCUGGUCCUCAGAUCAGGGAUAAAGAAAGCACUCCAAACCCUAAAAAGCUGCUGCCGUUCUGUGCUCCAGUGGUCUUAGCCCAGUGUGUUGAAAAUGUGUGGACUACCUGUCGGGCAAACAAGCAGAAACGUCAUUUAUUGGAGGCACUGUGGUUAAGCUGUGGAGAAGCAGGCAUGAAGGUUUGGCUUCCACUGUUUCCGAGAGAUAACCGCAAACCACAUUCCUUUCUUUCCAAACGGAUUAUGCUUCCUUUUCACAUAAACAUCUACCCCCUGGCAGUUCUGUUUGAAGAUGCUUUGGUCCUUGGGGCUGUGAAUGAAACUGUACUGUAUGACAGUUUGUACAUGCACAGCAGCACCACAGACUGUUUGGAGAUACUUUUUCCUUUCUGCAGUAUUGAAAGGACCUCACAAAUCUACCUCCAUCAUAUUCUUCGCCAGCUGCUGGUCAGGAACUUAGGUGAACAGGCAUUGCUGUUAGCCCAGUCCUGUGCUUCCCUCCCUUACUUUCCACAUGUACUAGAACUGAUGCUUCAUGAAGUAUUAGAAGAAGAAGCUACCUCACGGGAUCCAAUUCCUGACCCCUUGCUCCCUACUGUGGCAAAAUUCAUUACAGAAUUCCCUCUGUUCCUACAAACGGUUGUUCACUGUGCUAGAAAAACUGAGUAUGCACUAUGGAAUUACUUGUUUGCUGCUGUAGGAAAUCCCAAAGACUUGUUCGAAGAGUGUUUGAUGGCAAACGAUUUGGACACUGCUGCCUCCUAUUUAAUUAUUCUUCAGAGUAUGGAACUUCCUGCAGUUAGCAGACAGCAUGCCACUCUUCUCUUCAGUACUGCUCUUGAAAAUGGAAAGUGGGACCUGUGCCGACAUAUAAUCAGGUUUCUAAAAGCCAUUGGCUCUGGUGAAUCAGAAACGCCCCCUCCUACUCCUUCCAGUCAGGAACCUAGCUCCACAAGUGGCUUUGAAUUCUUCAGGCAUCGCAGCAUAAGUUUGUCGCAGUCAGCAGAGAACCUUCCUACCAGCAAGUUUAGCCUUCAGAAAACACUAAGCAUGCCUUCUGGACCAUCUGCAAAAAGGUGGAGUAAGGACAGUGACUCUGCUGAGCACAUGUGCAUUGAUUUGAUGCUAUGGAGACAUGCCCGCCGGUUACUGGAAGAAGUUCGACUUAAAGACCUGGGCUGCUUUGCUGCCCAGCUAGGCUUUGAGCUGAUUAGUUGGUUAAAAAAAGAGCGGACACGAGCUGCAAGAAUUGAAGACUUUGUCGCAACUUUGAAGAAACUUCAUAAUGACUUCAUGUGGCCAUUUCCUGUUAUUCAAGCUACUUCUGUGAAUUCUUCUUUCAAGAAUGCUAUUGGAGAACAGUUACUUAAGUCUCAGUCUUCUGAUGGCUUUUUAACUAGUGACAUGAAUUCCAGGACUUCACUUAUUUCUCAGAGCCGUAGCUGGCUGGAUAGCCUGAGUUCCACCAAGGGGGAGAUGGAUACUACUUCAUCACAUGUACCGCAUACACAGGAUGCCUUCCUUUCUCCACUGUUGAUUAGAGGAGAUGAAAGCAGUAUUGGUUCAGCAACUGACCUGACAGAAACUAGCUCUAUGGUUGAUGGAGACUGGACAAUGGUGGAUGACAAUUUUUCUACGCUGAGCCUAACACAGUCUGAACUAGAACACAUUUCAAUGGAAUUAGCUAGUAAAGGUCCUCACAGGUCACAAGUUCAGUUGCGGUAUUUAUUACACAUUUUUAUGGAAGCAGGCUGCCUGGAGUGGUGUGUUAUAAUAGGACUUAUUCUUAGAGAACCUUGUGUGAUCUACCAAGUUUUUAGUCUUCUUCGUGCUUCUGAAGUGGCCUUAGAGAGCUUGCAUAAUCUGAAGAAUGGACUGCUUGCGGUAGACAGAUGGGCCAUAACGGACUGUCCUGGAUACAGGCCAUUUCUAAACCUUAUCAAGCCUCAGCUGCAGAAGCUAAGUGAAGUGACUGAGGAGCAAAUUUCACUGGAAACUUUUCAGCCUUCACAUACUUCCAAGGUAAAUGAACUGACAAGUCCAAGGACAGAGGAAAGUCGAAGUACUACAGCACACACCACCACCAUUUCGAGUGAUGUUGUUAGUGUUGGAAGGCAAGAGGAGGACUUCCCUGGAGAGGAAGAGGAAGAGGAGGAAGAGCCAAUGCUAGAAAGUUAUGACUGUGCUUUGUCAUAGCAUUAAACCUGAAUGGUUACUUUAGCACAUACAGGACAGCAAAUUGGGAAGUCCACUGUGAAAGUAUAUUUUUAAUACAUAUCUCAGAAAGACUUCUUCCUAAAAUGUUAAUAAUAUAAUUUCUCAGUCAUUUUACUUAUUUGCCGUUUUACUUUACAUGCAUAAAAUAUGAAAGUACAUUUGCCGCUUUUACUUACCCUAUUUAUAUUUGUCAGUCAGAAUGAAUUGUUGAUAAACAUUUUAAGAGUAUUGUUCUGAUGUAUAGAAUGCAAAUUGGACCAGCCUAGUAUCAUUUUAAGGGAUAAAUGCUUGGAUUAACCAUGUAUUUCACUUGUUAAAAAUUAUGUGUUAUUUAUACUGUAUCACUGACAUAAUACAGAAUGAAUGCCAUUUUUGCAUUUGAAACUUGCAACUUUAAUACACUGCCAGAUGUUGUUUGGGUUGUUUGCUUACAUCAUUCACUGUCUUAGCUCAGCAGCUCUUAAAUUCACCAUUCAUACUAUUCUGCCUGCUGUCUUCCGUUUUGUGAAGCAGUAAUAAGAACAAUGGUACAAGGUGUAAACAUUCAGGUGACAUACUGUUUACGUAGUUCUUUUGACAUUUUAUUGUGUGGUUAUCUUGUAUAAAGUAUUUUAUCCCAUUGUACCAUUUCUGGGAACAGACUUGGAUGAAGAAAUUCACUGCAGUUUGCCACUUUGUACACCAGUGUGUGUGUUGUACAGAUAUCUCAGCAUGUAUGCUGGUAGGUUUCAUUAUUAUUGCAUUUGAACCGUAAAGACUCGAGGUUGAAAACUGCAAAGUGCAAUGACAUUGCAUCUUGGCCUUUGCAUCCUUUUGUUUUCAAAUGAUGAGGCCUCUCAUUUACAUAUAGCAGGACCUUCUCAAAAAUUGCCUGUUGCUAGAUUCUCUCCAAUGCCAGCAGCAAAAGAAUGAGCAUUUCUUACCCAUUGAAAAUUUUUAUUUAUUACUUUGCAGCAUUCCUGUUGGAAUGUUUUUUUUUCCUUGUAGAUAAAAUUCUGUACUCAUGUAUUUAGAUGUUAAAUAUUGUAAAAAGUAGUAAAUACCAAGAUGUCAUCCAUUUCAGUGGCAUUUUUCUAAAGUGUAACUAUAAAUGUACACGUGUAAUUAAAAGACAGAGAAACUUUAUUUUAAUUCCCAUAUGGUUCUUAGUUACAAAGAUGUUUAUGAUGAAACACGUUAAAGGUGGUCAUUUUUACAGUUGUUGAGUGGUACUUAAGUGCCAUCAGUUGUGUGGUAAUACUGAAAACCGACUACAGUAUUAAAAGUGAGUAACGUUUGUACUUGUGCAAUUUGAACAAAAUAAAUGCGAUUGCUUAUUUUAUACAGGAAACAAGUAGUUUAUUUUUAUAGCCAAAAUGUAUAUUAUUAUUAACAUGGACCAAUUAAUGUUUGACACUUUUACCUUUGCUUCAGUGUAACUACAGAAGGCUCAUUUAAUACAGAAGUAGAAUAUCCAAAUGAGUGAGUAUGUGUUGAGGGACAGUAAAGUAUUACAGUUUGUCUUUGUGUUUUUUUUUUUUUUUUUAAGUUUGCAGAAUGAAAAUGUGUCAAACAGAUUAAAUCACCAGCUUCUUGUUUGCCGAGUUUCUUACUAAUCUUUUUAUUUAAAACUUUUCAGCCGCCGUAUGUUAGCACUAAAUUAAUGCUCUGAAAAGGAAAGCUGCACCUAUAUAGAAGCUAGAAAGCUUGGCCAUCUAGACUUCAAAUGACAAAUUCUUUCUGAAAUUGUAAAAUUUAAUUUUGCGGUUGGAGCAGCACAAGACAUUGUGUUUUAUUUAAACACUGGUCAGAGGAUUUUUUUUUUAAAUCUGAAUGGUUGAAGUUGCUUUACUGAAACAGUCAAAGUGGCUGAAUUUGUACAACUGACUGCACACCUGUUGGUGUACUUUAGGCAGAAUAUGUCACCACUAAAUUCUGCUGUUUAAUUAUAUUUCUGAUAAAUUGCAAAACUCUGUGUGUGUGUGCGCGUGCAUGUGUUUAUAUAUACAGUGUAGUUCAGAAACUGCAAACCCCAUUUCCCCGCCAUUUUAUUACUUUGAAGACAAUCUGCUUUACAUUAUUUUAAUUUUGGCAGUUCAUGAAGUAUAUGCUGCCUUGUUGCUUUUACCUGUUAAUCAUCCUAAGUGUAAUGUGGCACUAUUAUCCCUGUCAAAUUUUGAAUAUUUUUAUUUUUUUGUAAUAUUUCCAUAAAAUAAGUAGCAUAAUCUGCUGAAUAUUUUGAAAAACCUUUGCCUUCUGUGAACACUGCAAGCAGUCUUAAAUUUGAGCUUUGAUAUUUUUCUAGCAAAUCCCAUGCUGAUAUUUUGCAUUGUACAGCUGCAUUUUUUUUUUGGUCAUGUAAUAUGAAUUUUGUAUAUUCUUUUAGUGUCCUAUGUACAGAAAUGAGCAAUAAUAAAACUGUAUAUUCAGAACUUGUA